CUCUCUCUAUUUCAAUCUCUCUCUCUCUUUGCAGGGGCUCCAGGUCCAGUCAAGUUCUGACGAGAAUGGUCGGAAGCUCGGGGUCACAUUCCGAACAGACAACUGCUCUGUGAACUGGAGUCCAUUGGGGAAGCAUGCCAUCCAUGGGGUGAACAAUGUGACAUUCAGCCACCUCUCCUGUGACAGCCAGGCUGCUGUGGUGGUCCACUGGAUGCCCAGCCCUCUAGGUAUUGAGCAUGUGAAGGGCUUCAGAGUAUACCUGGAGGAUAAGAACCCAGAGAGGAAACAGUGUCAACACGUGAUCCUCAAAGACCCACGACAGCUCAACUUCUCCUACAAGAAUGUGAAGAUGAGCUCACAGGCCUUCCCUGGCCUGGCUUUCGAGACAGACUACAUGGUCCGCGUUGUUCCCUUCCCCACCUUCAUGAACGACAGCUUCUUCCCCCCAUCCUUCCUGCGUACAAACUCCUGUGAAGUUCUACUGGGCCCAGACAACCUGGUCUGCAAACCAUUCUGGAAGCCCAAGACUCUCAACAUCUCCCAGCUGGGCUCCAACCUCCAUGUUGUCUUCGACCACGCCCCCUCAACCUUCGGCUUCGCCAUCUACUACCUGUACUACAAGCUACGACAGGAGGGACCCUUCAGGCUUAAACGCUGCAAACCAGAGUUUAAUCUGCCCAUAACAACAUGCGUUCUUCAAGAUGUGAUACCAGGAACCUAUGCGAUUGAGCUGAGAGAUGACACCAACAUUACCAGAAGACAGGCCCAGUACCACGUAAGCCAAGUCCACUCACCGUGGGCAGGUCCUAUCAGAGCCAUGGCCAUCACUGUCCCUCUAGUCAUCAUGUCUGCCUUCGCUACACUCUUCACUGUAAUGUGCCGGAAGAAACAACAAGAGAAUAUCUACUCCCAUCUGGAUGAGGAGAGCUCUGAGUCAUCGUCACACACCACAGCUCUGAAUGCAGACAGACCCUGGCCCCGGACUAAGGUGUUUGUCUGCUACUCCUCUAAGGACUGCCUCAAACACCUCACAGUCAUACAGAGCUUUGCCUUCUUCCUCCAGGACUUCUGUGGUUGUGAGGUGACUCUGGACCUGUGGGAGCACCUGCAGAUCUGUAAGGAGGGGCAGAUGACCUGGCUGAGCCGGCAGAUUGAUGAGGCUCACUACAUCAUCACUGUCUGCUCCAAGGGCCUCAAGUACUAUAUAGAGAAGAAGAGCCGCCGGGGGAAAUCACCAGCCAGAACUAGUGGAGGAGGAGGAGCAGCAAACGGAUCAGAGCUCUUCAUUGUCGCCGUGGCCAUGAUUGCUGAGAAGCUCUGUGAGGCGCGCCAGAAAGACCAGGACCUGUCUCGCUUUAUGGCCGUCUACUUCGACUACUCCCACGAGAGCGACAUCCCGACUAUGCUGAGCCUCGCUCCCAGGUUCAAGCUCAUGAAUCAGCUCCCUCAGAUGUUCAGCCGCCUCCACUCCCGCCAGCUCAGUUUACCGGAACGCCAGCCACAGCCGCUCAACAUCAGCAAGAGGAACUACUUCCGGAGCAAGUCGGGGCGGUCUCUAUACGUGGCCAUCUGCAACAUGCACCAGCACAUCUCGUUGGAGCCUGAUUGGUUCGAGAGGCAGCUGAAACCCGCUCCACCGGCUCCGCCUCCGAAGCAGCGUGACACUGCCGGAGCGUCAUCGUCAUCAUCAUCAUCAUCACCUCACAUGGAGAAGUUUGACUCUGGGCUGGUGCUCAACGAGGUUCUGUUUAAGUUGCCAUCAGAAAGCGAGGGUACUCUGAAGAGGAACGUGCUGCUCACGUCUCUCCCUCCCAGCCUCAGCCUGGCCCACUGUUCCCUGGACAGACCUCACAUGGAGAAGUUUGACUCUGGGCUGGUGCUCAACGAGGUUCUGUUUAAGUUGCCAUCAGAAAGCGAGGGUACUCUGAAGAGGAACGUGCUGCUCACGUCUCUCCCUCCCAGCCUCAGCCUGGCCCACUGUUCCCUGGACAGACCUCACAUGGAGAAGUUUGACUCUGGGCUGGUGCUCAACGAGGUUCUGUUUAAGUUGCCAUCAGAAAGCGAGGGUACUCUGAAGAGGAACGUGCUGCUCACGUCUCUCCCUCCCAGCCUCAGCCUGGCCUUCUCUCAGGGGAAAACUGGGGGCACAUCAGGGGCCUCGUCUGGUUUGGGACCUCUGGGUCUGGGGUCUCUGAGGCCUGUCGUCCCUUCCCAGGAUGGAGACGGGUCAGCCAGUCCCCCAGAGAUGCCCCGGGACUCUGGGAUCUAUGAUUCCUCAGUGCCCUCAUCUGAGCUGUCCAUCCCCCUCAUGGAGGGCCUGUCACCUGACCAGGCUGACUCCUCCUCCCUGGCCGACAGCGAAUCAUCUUCUUCCGGACUGGGUGAUGAGGAGCCCCCUGCUGUCCGCUCUCUGCGCUGUGCCGUGCCCACCAUCUGUAAAGCUGAGCCACACCACCACCAUCUAGAGCAGUCUGAAGGACAGGGACUCACUCCUGUUGCUGUUCCUCCCUUGUAGUGAACUUAACAUUACAUUACCUGGACAUGCAUGGCCACUUUAAUGCCUUCAUUAACACGGCCCUGAUUCUGACCCAGAAUAAUACUAGCUAUAUACUCAUUGGAUCCCAUAUGAACAGUGUACAGUGACCAAGCCCAUGGAUUCUAGUGAUGUCAUCUGCUUCAGAAUCUCUGUGGACUGUGGGCUGAUAGAACACGGAAGAAUGAUGAUGUCACUGUUUUAGAACACCGAGGGUGAUGUCACUGUUUUGUGAACCUUCUAAGUGGCAGUAGCAGUUGUCUGGGGUUGUGUGACUGUGAAGGCAAGGCAUAAUAAUUUAACCAAAUGGUUUUAUGUUGUUUUGCAGCGCUGUCCUGUAAUUGUUAGUGGUGUAAAGGUGUUUAAUUUAGACUACACCAGAUCUGCCUUUUAAAACACCCCACCCCAUACCAGGUUACCAGUUCAUCAAAUGGCCGACUUCAAUGUUUCUCAAUUCUGGUCCUCUGGUGCGUCGAAGAGGUUACACAUUUUUGUUCCAGCCCAGCACAAACACACCUGUUUCAACUCCUCUACUAAUAAUCAAACCCAUGAUUACUUGAAUCUGGUGUGUUAGUGCUGGGCUUGAACACAAAUGUGCGACUUCAACGAUGUAGUUUGUUUCAUACUGGGACAAUGAUGUUUUGAUUGAAAGAGCAUUUGUUUGUAUGUUACUUUAUUUUAAUUUAUUGUCAAUGAUGAAAUAUGAAAUAACUUUUUAAGGUACAGUACACCAACAUAAGGAUACAAGGUGCUGGAGUGUCAAAGCACUUUUACUUGUUUUUUUAAAUGUAAUUUUCGCACCAAUUUGGUUUACUAAUAGAAAAGGUUUGACAACUCUUGUGGAAGAGGUCAGAUAUGUUGGGAGUACUCACACUUUUUAUCAUAUUUUUGAAACCAGCAGUUAUGCAAAUGUUAUCUCACUCACAGUAAUUGACAGGGGUUUGAUUUUAGGAGCAUUUUCAUUUUAUAAACUAAAUGCCUUUAUUUGAAACUUGGGAAAUAUACUGUUAUUCAACUCUUACAGAGCAAAAUGUAACCCAGGCUUUGUGGGUCUACUCCAGUGUAUGUUCCAACAAUGUUUCCAGUGCCAGUCAUUUUGACAACACUUUCUUUGUUUUUGGAAAUAAUCUGUUUUAUUCCAGUUUUGUAUAGUUUUUAGAUUAUUUGUUUUAUUCUACAUUAUAUAUAUACACUUUGUACUGUUUUAUAGUACUCAAAUGUAGGAAAUAAGCAUAAAAUGAAAUGAAUUGUAAUUAGUUCAUUAUUGAAGCCUCGGACAACCAGGUCAAGGAGACGAGAUUUAGAAGGAUGACUCGGCGAGACAAAACAUUUUCCUGCUCAAAGUGUGUAACUAAACAUGUCAUUGCAAGAACACAAUCUGUAAUAUCAUUUACACUCUUUAGAUGGCAACAUAGAUGUAUAUUUGAUAUCUGCCCAGUUGAAGUAGUAUUUGUAGUGGUAGUCCAAUCGAGUGAGCAACUGAUUUCACCAGUAGCACUGUGCCAAGUGCACCUGCAAGUGUACUUGUAAGUCCAAGGUCAAGAUACAAACUGGUAGUCAAAAUACAAUGUAGCCUAUUGCAUGUUUUAGUAACUGUCAAAUGUGGUGUGAUAAUGAUUGGGAUAGAAACCUUUAUAAAACAUGUUUUUUCCCCCAAACCCACUUCCCCAACCCCUACAUUUAAGUCACAUGUUAGUUUGCCUAUUAUAAACAUUAUGGCUUGCAUUAGAGUGACAGUCAGUCAGCACUGCUCAAGUUCAGUAGCAAUAUGGAAAGUUUAUCCAUUAUGAAUCUACAUUUUUUAGAUUGUGUAGAUUAUCUUCCCAUGGUGAAUAGACUACUAUUCAAAAGAGAAAAUCACUGUAAAAAGAGGAUUCGAAAUCACACCGACGACUUCACUUCCUGUAGGCCUACUUGGUGUUGAGUACUGCAGGGAUCAUCAACUAGAUUCAGACACGGGGGCUGGAACAUAAUUACAGAUAAUUUGACUGCAAACCUUGCUUA